AUGGGUAUUAUUUUACCAAUCCCAAUAAUCAUCUUUCUCGUUCUAUUCGGUAUCAUCACUGUUUUCAUAAUGUUUUAUCAUUGUUGUCGCUUUAUUCUGAUUCACGAAAUAUUCCAAGCUCAUGGUAUUGAUCCCGAUUUGGUUCAUGCAGGAGUUCCGAUUGUCAUCGUUCGUUCAGAUCAACCAAAAAUCUAUCCACCAUAUAUCGCUACAUCUCCACCUAUUUACGCAAAAGAAUGA